UCGUACAUCAACUGUUUGACUGAGCGGUCUGUCUGACCAGCGCAAGCAGCCACCAAUUUUCCAAUGUUUUUGCGCACAUUUUGCUAAACUCCCACUCUUUUUUAUGUAACUUGGCUUUCUUUACUUUCUUUUGUACUUUCAAUCAUCAGUCGAGCUUUCAGUUUCAGAAAGAUCAUGGAGUUCUACAUGCAAGUCUCUUUGAUUAUAGUCCUUUUUGUGUUUGGUCCAACAACUAUAUUCUCAAGUUCCUCUGUGAGCUCAAAUGGGCUCUCAGAAAUCCCCUUCAAGUUACUUGAUUUUGCCCAGAAACCUCAAGUGUUUGAUUGGAUGGUGGGAAUCAGAAGGAAAAUACAUGAAAACCCAGAAUUGGGUUAUGAGGAAUUUGAAACCAGUGAGCUGGUCAGAGCAGAAUUGGAUAAACUGGGUAUUGACUAUAAAUACCCAAUUGCGGUUACAGGUGUUGUAGGGUUCAUUGGUACCAGAAAACCGCCUUUUGUUGCAAUAAGAGCUGAUAUGGAUGCUCUGGCUAUGCAGGAAAUGGUGGAGUGGGAGCACAAGAGUAAAGUUCCUGGGAAAAUGCACGCUUGUGGGCAUGAUGCUCAUGUCGCAAUGCUUCUUGGUGCGGCAAAGAUCCUUAAAGAACAUGAGCAAGAUUUACAGGGAACAGUUGUUCUUCUAUUUCAACCAGCAGAGGAAGGAGGAGCAGGGGCUAAGAAAAUGAUAGAUGGCGGAGCAUUAGAGAAUGUUAAUGCUAUUUUUGGGUUGCAUGUUGCAAACCACGUACCUAUAGCUGAAGUGGCCUCCAGACCUGGUCCUUUUUUUGCAGGAAGUGGCUUCUUUGAAGCCACAAUAAGUGGAAAAGGCGGUCAUGCAGCCAUUCCUCAGCAUGCGAUUGACCCGAUACUGGCAGCUUCAAAUGUGAUUGUCAGCUUGCAACAUCUUGUUUCACGUGAAGCUGAUCCACUGGACUCACAGGUAGUCACGGUUGGAAAAUUUCAAGGGGGUGAUGCAUUCAAUGUUAUUCCAGAUUCUGUCAGAAUUGGUGGCACUUUCCGUGCCUUAACACAGGAGAGCUUAAUGCAACUCCAGCAGCGCAUUAAGGAGGUCAUAAUGGGACAAGCUUCUGUACAAAGGUGCAGUGCAACUGUCAAUUUCCUUGAAGAUGAGAAACCUUUGUCCCCCCCGACCAUAAACCAUAAGGACCUGCAAGAACACUUCCGGAAUGUAGCUGGAGAUAUGCUUGGUAUCCACAGAGUCAAAGACCAUCAACCAUUGAUGGGAUCUGAAGAUUUUGCAUAUUACCAAGAGGCAAUACCUGGAUACUUUUUCUUGCUUGGAAUGGCAGAUGACAAACUUGGACCUCUGCAUAUGCCACAUUCACCUCACUUCCAAAUCAAUGAAGAUGCACUUCCUUUUGGUGCUGCACUUCACGCUUCUUUGGCUAUUAGGUAUUUGUUUGAACUCCAACAGGAAGUUCCUUUGUCAGAACAAGAAUACCAUGAUGAAUUAUAAAGGGCUUAGUGACUAAUUUGUUAGUUCAAACAUUACCAAGUCUUCAUUGAGUAUUGGAGGAUGAGAUUCAUAUUGCAGCAACUGUGCACCAAAAUGAUUCUUUCCUAGGUAAAUUAUACACAAAUAUACCAAGGUUUAGCUCUCAUUGAUGUUGUAAUUUUGAGAUCAUAUUUGUCAAAUAAGUUGGAUGAUGCUCCGCGAUACACGCAUUUGCCAAUAAUAAUACGAUCUACGCAUGGUGGUUUUGGGUA